AUGUGUCUGCGCCUGGGUGGCCUGAGCGUGGAUGACUUCCGGAAGGUGCUAAUGAAGACAGGCCUGGUGCUGGUGGUGCUGGGCCACGUCAGCUUCAUCAUCGCCGCUGUGCUGCACGGCACGGUGCUGCGAUAUGUCACUGCCCCCCGGGAUGCUGUGGCUCUUCAGUACUGCGUGGUCAACAUCCUCUCAGUCACCUCUGCCAUUGUGGUCAUCACCUCCGGCAUUGCAGCCAUCGUGUUGUCACGCUACCUCCCCAGCACCCCCCUGCGCUGGACAAUGUUUAGCUCGAGUGUGGCGUGUGCUCUUCUCUCUUUGAUCUGUGCCCUUGGCCUCUUGGCCUCGAUCGCCGUGACCUUUGCCACCCAGGGACGGGCCCUGCUGGCCGCCUGCACUUUUGGGAGCCCUGAACUACUGGCACUCACGCCCGACUGUCCCUUCGACCCCACCCGCAUUUACAGCUCUAGCCUGUGCCUCUGGGGCAUCUCACUGGUGUUCUGUGUAGCGGAAAGUGUGUUUGCUGUGCGCUGCACCCAGCUGGCCCACCAGUUGCUGGAACUGAGGCCCUGGUGGGGGAAAAGCAGCCACCACAUGAUUCAGGAGAGUCCAGAGUCCAUGGAGGGCCAUGACCUGCUGAGCUGCACCAGCUCUGUGCCCCUGACCCUCUGAGAGAGG